GGAGUGGCCGGACGUGGCUGCUGGUGCGCGUGGUGUGGGUGGCGGGGAGAGGCGGCGUCUUUGUGAGUCCGAGGCAAGUCCAGAGCAGACGGCAAGGCAUCAAUCACUGCCGAGAGUGCGGAGAGUCGUAGGAGAGUGAAGUAGGCUGCAGUGGGUUGAGAGAGAGAGAGAGAGCGUUGUCGAGGGCUCGAGUGAGGAGGUGCAGUGGGUAGAGUUCGGGGUGAAGUAGGAUAGUGAGGACGAGAGUGAGGAAUAGAUUGGGACAUCGAGUAGGAGGAGGCUGAGAGGAAGAGUAGUCGGAGGACCGCAGGAGCUUGCAGGCAUCUGGGAAGGUUUGGGCAGAAGCUGUGAGAGCAGGCACUGGGGCGAGGCGUUUCCUGCUGAACCCCCAAGUGCAGCUGCCGCCGCUGCCGUUUCUUGCUGCUCCCGGUGCUGUGUGGGAGCGGAACGCCUCCCUCGAGUUACAGAGCGGACGGCUCCGUCGAGGCGAGGAGACCACGAACACAGCCCAGAUCAAAGGGGUCGAGAGACAAGCUGGCGAUGUCUCAAGAGAAGUGCUCUGGCCUUCGUUACGCAACCCUGGCCCUGGGCAUCGGCAUCCUCAUGCUUGGCAUCCUCAUGCUGUCUUGGAGAGCGGUGGAAAACCCAGACCGGAUUUGGAACGGCACCUCCAUCGACCAGCCGUCUACGCCGUCCAUCGGCCAGUCGUCCACGCGGACCGUGGUGAUGUUCUGCGGGGUGGGGGGUUGCCUCCUGGUGAUCGGCAUCACCUGGUCGGUGUGCGUCGCCCGCCACCGCCAGCCGCCGGUCCCGGAGGUGCGCGCGGAGGCGAUCGCCGACGGUGGGGUCAUCAUGGACAGGGACGGCUCUCUGUUCCGCGCUCCGCGCUACGAGGAGGUGGUGAACGCGAUCGCCUUUGACCAGAGCUCCAGCGACGCUACGGGAGAUGACGUCUAUCUGCCGUCGUACGACAUCGCCACCUCCACGGAGAACCUCUCGGCCCCCACGGGCGACCCCCGUGACCCGCACCCCGGGGGCAACGCCUCGACGGGCGACCACGGCAAGAUCCGCAGGAUCAAGUCGGAGGUGGCGGCGAACCACCGCAAGACGCUCAACCAGCCGGGGGAGGAGGCGAAUGCGCGGGAGGAGAGGAUAGUGGUGGAGCCGCUCACCCCGCCACCCACCUACGAUGUCGCCGUCGCCUUCCCGCUGAGCAAGCUGCCCGACGCCAGCUGAUGCUGCCCUCGAUGCCGGCUGACGCGUUCUGUCUGUGGCAACUCGCCGGCCAAAACUCUCUCCGCUGCUCCUCCUCCUCCACUUUGACGGUGGAGCAAGAUGCAUUGAUGAUAGCUUCCCCCGCCUCCGGGGUACAGCAUGGGCACGUUUGCCACCAUGCAUCAGCCAAACGUUCACACUUGGUACAAGACACAAGAGGCAUAUCUGAAUCGUUCCUGUAUAUAUUUUUUGCGACGAUAAAAGUCCACGAGCUUUUUUGGGCCAAGGGUCCCUGCGAGUGUAUACAAGGUAGUGUGUUAUGUUAAUCUGAGUCUUCUUUAUGUUUCUCUUGUACUGGUACACGUGCAGCGCUGUUGUCAUUCCGCUGCUGGAUGAGGGAUCUCAUAGGCCUCAAUUUGACCGUACUUCACUGCACCGAUCCGUGGCGGUUAGUCAAGUCAGGGGGGAAGUUUAUGUGAGGGCUGUACUGUCAAUUGUAUAUAUUGCGUAGAAGUUAUAUAAAGUGGAUGAUAUAAGGGCUUGAUAUCUACAUACUGCUCGCGAAUUGUCUUCUCCUGGUGACGCUGUGAUAAAAGAAAUGCCAUUGCGCAUUAACGCAAGUUUCCCUACUGAACACAAUGACCGAGCGUACCGAUUGUGUGUACUCUUCAUCUGCACGGAAUGAAUUUUGUGAAUUUGUGGAUUCUAUUUGCAAAAGUGUUCAUGAUGCACGUGGAUUGAGUGCACAUAUUUAAAUGCGUUCCAUUUAUAUGUUACGUUUAAAAACUGGGUAUAGCAAUGGAGUUUCAUUGGCAUAGACAGAACACAGAAGUUUUUUGCCUAACGUUUUUUUUAACUGUUGAAAAAUGUGUUUAAAGUGGAAAUAUUUUUGUACGUAAAGUUGUGUGAGUGAUGCGAAACAAAUGGUAAGGGUGAAAUAGAUAACAAGGACGACACGAAUUGCAAAUAGUAAAGGCAGUGUUUAUCAAUAAAGGUUGAUUAAAUACCAGUCGACCAGGACAUGAGGGGGGAGGGGAUGCAUCCUCCAUGUUCCUCGUGUUCUUCUUGAAACAAAUUCACAUGCUCAACUCUCAUCCAAGAAAUGAGAUUGAAAACUCAUUGUGUGAAGUUUGUUGUCCUUCUGCACCUCCAAUUAGCAUGGUUGGCUACUUACGGUGCCAAAGAAGUUUAAUGUCCAUACAUACAACCUAUACCGUCAGCCAGGAACAGGGCCUCUCCCUCGAUUUGUUUCCUCAAAGUUAAACAGCGCCCGGACUCUGCCCGUGCUGGAAUUGCAUGUUCCCACUGCAUCAAGAGCAGGUAAAUGUCAUCAUGAGCUGGCCAAUGUCCACAUGAGUUGGCCAAUAUUAUGAGCUGGCCAAUAUCAUCAUGAGCUGGCCAAUGUCAUCAUGAGCUGGCCAGUGUCAUCAUGAGCUGGCCAAUGUCAUCAUGAGCUGGCCAAUGUCAUCAUGAGCUGACCAAUGUCAUCAUGAGUUGGCCAAUAUCAUCAUGAGUUAACGACUGUCAUCAAGAAUUGGCCAAUGCGAUCAUGAGCUGGCCAAUGUCAUCAUGAGUUAACGACUGUCAUCAAGAAUUGGCCAAUGCGAUCAUGAGCUGGCCAAUGUCAUCAUGAGUUCUCAGACCAUGGUCUGGGGGUGGGGGGUGGCACGCUUAAAAAAAGUGCCAGGCUCCGUCGUGGCAGUGCCAACCCCAGAAACACUUGUGUUUACCAUCACAUUCCACUUCAGGACGGCUCUGGGCCCACUCAUAACUAAGGCUACCAUUUGUCAGAGUUCAUGGAUGUCACAGAAAUUGGGCAUUCGAAUACAUUCUGUGAAAUAUUAGAAAUGGCUGGUGAUGUAUGCUAUAUUCGGCUACUCACUCGAAAAUUUUCAUGAAAUAGUGGUCCCCCCCCCCCACACAUAAUUUGGCCAUGAAUUUCACCAAGAAUUACCGUGACAUAAAACACCAUUAGCCUUACUCGUAACCAGUAAUGCAAAAUGUAGCAGAAUCUGUGAAGCAACUGGAUAAAAGUGGUGGAACUGAUCUGUGAGGUCUUUAAAUAAAGAGAAUGGUUUGUAA